GCCCAUCCAUUCAUCUACUCACCCAUCCAUCCAUCCAUCCACCCACCCAUCUACCCAUUCAUUCAUCCAUCCAUCUACCUACCGCCCAUUCAUCCAUCCAUGCAUCCAUCCAUUCAUCCACCCACUAACCCAUCCAUCCAGUCAUUCUUCUUUCCAUCUUCCUAUAUUUGUUCUUUCCAUUAAUUCAUCCAUUUUUCCUUCCACUCACCCAUCUUUCUAUCUAUCCUUUUAUCCACUUAUCCAUCAAUUUUUCUUUCAAUCUACUUGUCCAUCAAUGUGUCCAUCUGAUCUUCCUUCCUUUCUUCCCUCCUUCCUUCCAUUCAUCUAUCCAUUAUUUCCCCUUCCACCUCUCUGUGGGUCAGUCUCUGUUGUCAUUAAUGUAUUCAGCAAAUGCCAUGCCCUGUUCAGUGUAUUCAGCAAAUGCCAUGCCCUGUUCAAGGCCUAAGGACAGGGCACAAUGUCCUACCCUCCAGGUUCUCACCUUCUGUGGGAGAGACAGAAAGUAAAUAAACAGGUCGAUGAGGGCUAUAAUGUUGGGAGGCGGUAAAUACCAAGAACAAUAAAGCUGGAUAAAAAUAUGGAAGUGAUGGGGGUGGUGGCCAGGGAACUCUGUGCAGAGGAGCCGAGUCCUCAGUGAACCACCAGAACAUUCCAGGCAGAGAAAUAACAGGUGCAAAGGCCCUAGGCAGGAGUAUGCUGGCCUAAUGGGAAACAGCCAGGGGCCCAGCAGGUCUGGAAUGGAGUAAAAGACUGGGGAUAGGGUUCAGAGGGAACAGGGUCAGGUCAUUUAGGGCUUUGCAGACCCUAGUGGACUUUGCUUGUUCUCUGGGAGAGAUGGGAGCCAUGGAGCAUUUGAGCAAAGUGAGCCAUGGUCUGCAGUGGGGUUUAAUAGGAUUACUCUGGCUAGGGUGCAAAUAAUACACUUAGUGGCCAAGGAGGGAUGCAGAGAGACCAGUUGGGAGGCUACUGCAGAGAGUCUGGUGAGCUGUGUUGGUGCGGUCCACCUGAGCCUCUCUCUCUCAUGCCUCAGUAUCUCUGUCCCCUUGCCCAGAGGCCUUCCACAGCCUCGCCUGGGGUACUGAGUGCCCAUCCCACCUCCCCCCACUGACCACUGCUCUGGGCCCCCGUGGCUUCAUCUGGGCAGUGGGAGUUGCUGAAGAGCUGAACAGAGACACUGGGGCAGUGCCAGGCAUAAAUGAGGCCUUUGUUUGUUUGUUUGUUUGUUUAUUUAGAGACAGAGUCUCGCUCUGUUGCCCAGGCAGUGGCGCGAUCUCGGCUCACUGCAACCUCCACCUCCUGGGUUCAAGCAAUUCUCCUGCUUCGGCGUCCCAAGUAGCUAGGACUACAGGUGCGCAGCACCACGCCCGGCUAAUUUUUGUGUUUUUAGAAGAGAUGGGGUUUCACCAUAUUGGUCAGGCUGGUCUCGAACUCCUGAUCUCAGGUGGCCCACCCACUUUGGCCCCACAAAGUUGCUGGGAUUACAGGCGCGAGCCGCCAUGCUCGGCCAUAAUUGAGUCUCUUCUGCCCCCAGGUGGGAAGAGGAGGGGCCUCCUCUCUGAUAGCCAGCUGACAACGGACUUCCUGCAGGCAGGCCCCAGGACCACCCCUCACCCGUCCCACCUCCACGAGCCAACUCUGCAUCAUUUCCCUGACUUUGUUCCCCUUUUGUGCCCAGAGCGUAUCUCAGCCACCUGCAGCCUCCCAUUGGGUGAUGUAGCUGGUGUGUGGGAGGCCUAUGGGGGCCUCAGGAAGGGGUUGAAAAGGAUACAGUAAUUUUCAAUUACUUUAACCUGCAUAUUUUACAAACGAGGUGAGAAAUCACCUUGACUUUUUCCAAGUGUAUGGGAGACCUGGGCUGGGCAUCAGGAUCAGAUGGGGCAGGGGUGGCCCAGCAAUGAGACAGAUGGAAGGCAGGGGGGCUUGACAUCCCCAGUGCGGAGAUACAGCACCCCUAUUGCCCACCCCUUUCUCCCCGCUGGACCCACCCCUUCCUCCCUUUCACAAGGAGAGGGCUUGUCUUGCUUUAUUCUUUUUAUCUUUUGAGAUGGAGUCUUGCUUUGUCGCCCAGGCUGGAGUGCAGUGGCGUGAUCAUAGCUCACUGCAGCCUCAAACUCCUGGUCUCAAGCAAUCCUCUUGCCUCAGCCUCCCAAAGCACUGGGAUUGCAGGCGCACACCACCAUGCCCAGCUAAUUUUUAAAAUGUACUUUUUGUAGAGAUGAGGGUCUUGCUGUAUUGCCCAGGCUUGUCUCAAACUCCUGGCCUCAAGUGAUCUUCCCGCCUCAGUCUCCCAAAGUGUUGGGAUUAUAGGCAUGAACGAGGUGCCAUCCAGUCUGUUGUGCUUUUUUUUUUUUUUUUGAAGCAGAAUCUCACUCUGUCACCCAGGCUGGAGUGCAAUGGCUCGAUCUCGGCUCAUGGCAACCUCCGCCUCCCAGGUUAAAGCAAUUCUCCUGCCUCAGUCUCCUGAGUAGCUGGAAUUACAGGCAUGUGCCACCACACCAGGAUAAUCUUUGUAUUUUUAGUAGAGACAGGGUUUUACCAUGUUGGCCAGGCUGGUCUCAACUCCUGACCUCAUGAUCCACCCAUCUCGGCCUCCCAAAGUGCUGGGAUUACAGGCAUGAGCCACCGCGCCCGGCCUGUCAUGCUUUAUAAAUCAGUGCUUACAUCAUCUCAUUGAACCCUAAGAAUGUCAUUGGGAGGUAGGUGUGGUUAUUAAUUCUAUUUAACAGAUGAAGAAACAGGCUCAGGGAGGCAACUUCACCUUCCUAGAGCCACACUGAUAAGAAGUGGUAGAACUGAGACCUGAAUCCAUUCCCGAGUGCCAUACACUCUGAUGUAUCCAUCAAGGACCGUAAGUCACCAGGGAGAUAUAGAUGAAAAUAACAUAAGCAGUUGCAGCAGAAACAACGGUAAUAAUAGCUGCCACUGUAGAGCUGCGGCUAAACCCCAAGCACAUUAUUGAGUGCUCUAGAGUUUCAUCUCGACUCUACAGACAGGCAAUAGUGAUCCUCAUAUGCAGGGAGAGAAACUGAGGCCCAGAGAGCUGAAGCAAAUUGCCCCAAGUGCCACAGCUCUUAAGUGAUGGGACCAGGACUCAUAUUCAGGUCUGUCUCCAAAGCCCGUUUCUCUAUAUUCAUCAGCUGUUGAUGCUGUGGUCGGCCAACCUAAUGCCACUGCUGGUGUGGGCAGUGACUUCAUUUAUUGAGCAUGUACUAUAGUCUAGGCACCAGGCCACAAGCUGUCCAUGCCUGAUCUCAGUUAACACCAGCAGGCCCCUUGACUGGCUCCUGGGUAACAGGAAGGAUUACAGGGAGGCUGGCUCAAGUGUGAGUCAGUGUGCCCACUCACCGUGCCCACUCCCAGGCCAAACGCAGCCCCAGGAUCUGGAGUUGGGUUGAUUCCAGAGGUGGGGUUCAGCUGCACUGCCAGAUUCAUGGCAGCCCCAGGCAGUCACUGAUGUCCAAGUGACUCUUUCCGAAGCCUCACACCCAUAAUAACCAUUUGUGCCAGGAAGCUCUUGUUAUUUGCAAGUACUCCCGUACAUUGUCUUGUCCAGUCCUCAGCUCCAAGAGGCUCAGAGCGGGGAAGCCAACUGCUGAGGUCACACAGCCAGCGAGGGGCAGAACUGGGAUUUGACCGCAGGCCUAACUCCAAAAGGCUGCUGUUAGCCCCAACCUAGACUCAAUUUUUUUUUUUUUUUUUUUUUUGAGAUGGAGUCUUGCUCUGUCACCCAGGCUGGAGCACAGUGGUGCAAUCUCGGCUCACUGCAACCUCUGCCUCCAUGGUUCAAGCGAUUCUCCUGCCUCAGCCUCCUGAGUAGAUGGGACUACAGGUGUGCUCCACCACACCCUGCUAAUUUUUUAGUAGAGACGGGGUUUCACUAUGUUGGCCAAGUUGGUCUCGAACUCCUGAUCUCAUGAUCCACCCACCUCAGCCUCCCAAAUUGCUAGGAUUACAGGCAUGAGCCACUGCGCCCGGCCCUCAAAUUUUGUCUUCUAUGGGGCAGAACCUAAGAGUGACAGUGAAGCAAGAAUAACCCUCAGUUAUAAGAGAAUGAGGUUUAGCGCCAAGAGAUCAUUUUACCAGCUUAAUUGAGAGGCAGUAUUGCUCAGUGAUUGCAGGCAGUAGAGUCAAGUGAUAGGAGGCAGAGUGGCUGAGUUAGGCUCUUGAUUUACACCACCUGGUUUCCUCUCCUAGCUCUACCACUCACUGUUUGCCUUUGGGCAAGUCACUUAACCUCUCUGUGCUUCUGUUGCCUCAUCUGUAACAUGGAGAUAAUAAUGCUACCUAUCUCAUAAGGUUGUUGCCGGUAGUAACUGGAGUUUACUUUGCAGAAAGGGCUUAGAACAAUGAGUAAAACCAAGGACGUGCAAUAUGAGUAUUCAUCAUCCUCUUCUCUUGAUCAUUUUUUGACAAGAAGGAGGGCAACAGACAGGCUUCCAGAGCUCCGUUCCAGACACAAGAUGCUGAAGACAUGCUCCGUAGUUGUAUGGAGCAGAGAGACUUUGCAGUUACUCAAUAAUGGGGGUUUAUUCUAAAGACAUCUGUAGAAACAGGGAAAUUAGAAAACUAGGCUACAUGGCCACACUCAGAGAAUCCAAGUGAAAGCCCUACAAAGAGGUUCAUGGCAGGGGCAGGGGGCCAGGACCCAGACAGUGAACAGGCAUCAUGGAGAGAGAAACUGGAGCCUGAGAGCUCCUGGGAGCUGGAGAGCUGGCUCUGUGGUCACCGCCCCCAGGAAUCCACCAUUAGGGGGCCUCAGCAAAUGCAUCCCCAAGUCUUGGCUCUCUUGGGAGGACCUUCUGGCCAUUUCCUGUUGCUAGCUUCCUCUUUCCCUUGCCUUUCCGCCAGACAUCUUUGAUCUGCUGUCUGGAUUGUAAAAGAUGCUGGCUGUGCUUUUCCUACUCUGUAGACCUUACAAUGUUGCUGUGUGAGGGCCACUUCCACCAGCCAGCAUCCACAUGUCUAUGUGCCUGGAAACUCUCUCCUGUGCCUGGAGAGGUGGGAGGCAGCUAUAAUCUUGGGGGAAUGAAUACCUACUAGGAACAACCUUCAUCCAAUGACUAACAGGAGCUGGGGUAUCAAUUCCCCAGCUCCCAGCGCUCAGGUGAGAACUUUACCAAGCAUUCUUUACCAUUUUGGAAGUUAAUGUCACCCAUGGCAAUGCUACAUGAGUGAAUGAAAAUGUCUAAUGCGUAUUAAGUUUAAUAUUAACUUCCUGUCUAAAUAUAUGCAUUGUAAAUAGGAAUAAUUCCCUAACUGCUUUCUUACAUCAUCUGUUUGAAGCUUUUACAUACCAAAAUACAUAUUUUUAUACAUUCUAUCCUUAUUAUCCUUUUAUAAUACAGUUAGAGUUAGGACAUUUUAUUAUUAAUUUAUUUUGAAAGCAUGCAUGUAGAUGGGUUACAUUAUCAAUUUUAUUUCAAGAGAGUAAAAGGGCUGUUACAAAAAAUUGUCAUAAGAAGGGAGUGUUGUUUCUGAUAGCUAUGAGAACACCUUUUGAUGAUCUCAGAGCCUCCUUCCAGCUCUGACUCUUUUGUAUCUAAAAGUUAAAUAUUGUUUGUCCAAGGGGAACACCAAGACCUAUUCUCCUCAUGGGAGCAAGAAGAUGAAGUGGAGAGGAAGGUUUGAGUCCUUUCUCUCUAUGUAUCUGUCAGGCUAUGCUGCAGUAACAAACAGCCCCCAAUUCUUGGUGGUUGAAAACAACGAAACUUAUUUCUCACUCAUGAAAGAUGUCUAGUGCUGGUCAGCGGGGGGCUUUUCUCUACAGAAUCACUCAGGGACCCAGGCUGGUGUGGGCUCUGCCAUUUUGCAAUGUUGCCAUCUCAGGACAGCAGAAGAGAAGAGAGCACUAGAAAGUGUGGCUCCUGUAAUAAGAUGAUUUCACCUGGAAAUUACACCAGUCAUGUUUGUUCAGAAUCCACUGACCAGAAUGAGUCACAUGACACCCCCUAAUUUUAAGAAGACCCAGUGAUAACCCGCUCACUAAUAUACCCCGAAUUGCCUCCCUUCCUUUCUCUGGCUCGCUUCCCCACUCCCUACUUCCUGAUGCACUCUGGGAUCACUUUCCAAAUAAAUUAUAUGCACCUGAACUUGUUGUCUUAGAGUCUGCUUCUGGUAGAGCCCAAAUGAAGGCACCCCUGCUCUUUAUCAUUAAUUAAUUCAGUCUGUCAAUACAUAUUUUCUGAGCACCUACUAUGUGCUAGAUCCUAUGUAGGCAAUGGGGGCACGAAGAUGACUGAGCCAUGGCUCAGCUCUCCACGACCUAGCUCAUUGGCUAGAUGAGCAAACUAGCCAGGUCACAUCAAAAGCCUUUGCUUUUGGGCCAGGUUCAGUGGCCCAUGACUGAAACUCUAGUACUUUGGAAGGCCGAGGCAGAAAAAUUGCUUGAGGCUUGGAGUUCGUGACCUACCUGGACAACACAGUAAGACCCUAUCCCUAAAAAAAUUUUUUAAUUAGCUGUGCACAGAUGUGAAAACCUGUAGUCUGAGCUACUCAGGAGGCUGAGACAGGAGGAUCACUUGAGCCCAGCAGUUGGAGCCUGCAUUGAGCUGUGAUAGCACCACCAUGCUCCAGCCUGGGCAGCAGAGCAAGACCCUAUCUCAAAUUUUUAAAAAGGCAAAACAUUUUGAGAUCAUAGGAACCUAUGGGCUGUAAGUUGCACCAAGGUGGGGACCCUAUCUGUAUCGCUCCCCACUGAGUUCAUAGUUGACACAUUUGCUUGAAGUAGAAAUGAAUAAUGAAUUAGUAGAAAGAAACAGGCAGGUUGCUGACGGUCUCUGUCUUGGCACCUACUUUGAGUGCGGGAGUGAAAAGAAAUAAAAAGUCUUUUAAAACAUUGCCAUCCACACAGAUGUAAUAAUAAUGCAUAGCAUAAAAGCUAUAGUUACUGAGCGCUUUCUAUAAUAUUUGUAAGAGCCACUACUGAGGGCUUCACAUGAUUGGCUCAUUUACAAAGGGUAUAAUUACAAAUACUAUAAUGUCCAUGGGCCAAAAUAUUUAAUUCUUCGCAAGUGUGGGAAACUGAGGCAAGAGAAGAGAAGUAGGCUAGGCUGAAGGUUUUGGAGUCUACAAAUCCUGAUCUCUGAGUUCAAAUCCCAGCUCUACCACUUCGUGGCUGUGAGCCUUUGGGCAAGAAAGUCUCCUCUCUGAGCCUCACUUUGCUUAUCUGUAAAAAUAGGAAUAAUAAUCAAACAUCUCCCUAGCAUGUUUUACCACUCCUAUCAGCCAGUGAAAACCCUGACUGCUUCCUCAAUGAGAAUAAUAGGUUGGUGCAAAAGUAAAUGUGGUUUUUUCCCAUCAAAAGUAACGCCAAAACCCAUGAUUACUUUUGCACCAACCUAAUACAUGGUGCGGGGACCAAGUGUUGGGAACAGGCCCCCAAAAUCUGGCCAUAAACUGGCCCCAAAACUGGCCAUAAACAAAAUCUCUGCAGCACUGUGACAUGUUUGUGAUGGCCAUGAUACCCACGCUGGAAGUUUGUGGGUUUACCAGAAUGAGGGCAAGGAACACCUGGCCCGCCCAUGGCGGAAAAUCACUUAAAGGCGUUCUUGAACCACAAACAAUAACAUGAGCAAUCUGUGCCUUAAGGAUAUGCUCCUGCUGCAGAUAACUAGCCAGACCCAUCCCUUUAUUUCAGCCCAUCCCUUUGUUUACCAUAAGGAAUACUUUUAGUUAAUCUAUAAUCUAUAGAAACAAUGCUUAUCACUGGCUUGCUGUUAAUAAAUAUGUGGGUAAAUCUCUGUUCGAGGCUCUCAGCUCUGAAGGCUAUGAGACCCCUGAUUUCCCAUUCAACACCUCCAUAUUUCUGUGUGUGUGUCUUUAAUUCCUCUAGCGCCACUGGGUUAGGGUCUCCCUGACUGAGCUGGUCUUGGCACCAAGGACCUCAUUUCUGAUGGGGAAAUUGAGGCCUGGAGGAGAAAAACUUCACCAAAUUCCCAGAGCUCCGUAGGAAGCUUUAUAGUUUAAAAGUUAAGAGCGUUUAUCUUGAAGUCAGACUGAUGUAAGUUCAAGCACUGGUCUUACCACUUCCUGGCUGUGUGACCUCGAACAAGUUACUUAAGCUCUAUGAGCCUUAGCUUCCUAAUCUGUAUUAGGGGACAUUAAUAAUACCUACUUCAAAGAUAGUUGUGAGGAUUGAAUUAAUGGAACCAGACAGUUUCAGGGCUUAAUCCAUAAAGCCUAGUCCUACUACUCACUAGCUGUGCAAAUUUGGGCAAGUGGCUUAGUCUCUCUGAGCCUCAAUUUUCUCUUUUAUAAAAUGGAAUGAUCAAUAAAUAAAUACUUACAUCUUGAGUUUGUUGGGAGGAUUAAAAAAAGAUGAGUAUGGACAGUGCCUGACUCAUGUCAAGCUCUGAUACAAUUGAAAUGUUAGGAAUUCUUUCUUAUUUAUAAGGACACAGCCAGGUCUUGAAUCCAUUCAUUUACUCAACAAAUAUUAACUGAGGUCUAUUAUGGGCUGACCUGUGUCCAUAAAAGAUAUUCCAAAGUCCUAACCCCCAGUACCUCAGAAUGUGACCUUCUAUUUGGAAAUAGGGUCUUUACAGAAGGAACCAAUUUAAAACAAAGUCAUCAGGGUGAAGUUACCUAAUGAAGUCACCUAAGCCAACAUGACUGGUAUCCUUAUAAAAGCAGAAAUUUAGACAUAGAAUCAGCCAUGCACUAAGGGAAGAUGAUGUGAAGAUACAGGGAGAAGACAGUCACGUGAUUAAAGUGAUGCAACUCCCAUCCAAGGAACACGAACAAUUACCGGCAAACACAAAGGGCUGGGAGAGACAAGGAAGGACCCUCACCUAGAACCCCUGGGAGCAGGCAUGGCCCUGCUGACAGCUUGAUGUCAGGCUUCCAGCCUCCAGAAUUACACAACAAUAAACUUCUGGGGGUUUUUUUUGGGACAUUUUUGUGGUAAAAUACUGCAUAGCAUAAAAUUAACCAUUUUAACCAUUUUUAAGAGUACAGUUCAGUGGCAUUGUUAUGGGACCAUCACCACUAUCCAUCCCCAGCUUUUUCAUCAUCCCAAACAGAAACUCUGUACCCAUUAAACAAUAACUCCCCAUUCCCCGCUCCUCCCAGCCCCCAGUAACCUCUAUUCUACUUCCAGUCUCCAUGAAUUUGCCUACCCUAGGUAACUUAUGUAAGUGGAAUCAUACAAUAUUUGUCCUUUUGUGUCUGGUUUAUUUCACUUUGCAUAACAUUUUCAAACCUCAUCAUGUUGGAGUCAGAAUUUCCUUUCUUUUUAAGGCUGAAUAAUAUUCCAUUGUAUGGAUAGACCACAUAGUGUUUAUCCAUUCAUCCGUUGGUGGACAUUUGGGUGGUUUCCAUCUCUCGGCUAUUGUGAAUAAUGCUGCUAUGAACAUGGUUGUGUAAAUAUCUCUUCAAUUCCCUGCUUUCAAUUCUUUGGGGCACGUGCGCAGAAGUGGAAUGGCUGGCUCAUAUGGUAAUUCUAUGUUGGAUUUUUUUUUUUUUUUUUUUUGAGACAGCCACACUGUUUUCCAUAGUGGCAACACCAUUUUACAUUCCCAAUUUCUGUUGUUUUUAAGCCACUUAGUUUGUGACACUUUAUUACAGCAGCCCUGGGAUUUAUUUUAUGUUAUUAAUUUAUUUAUUUUCUUUGAGACAGAGUUUUGCUCUUGUUGCCCAGGUUGGAGUGCAAUGCCAUGAUCUUGGCUCACUGCAUCCUCUGCCUCGUGGGUUCAAGCGAUUCUCCUGCCUCAGCCUCCCAAGUAGCUGGGAUUACAGGCAUGUGCCACCAUGCCCGGCUAAUUUUGUAUUUUUAGUAGAGACGGGGUUUCUCCAUGUUGCUCAGGCAGGUCUCGAACUCCCAACCUCAGGUGAUCCGCCCGGCUUGGCCUCCCAAAGUGCUGGGAUUACAGGCGUGAGCCACUGUGCCCGGCCAGCCCUGGGAUUUUAAAACAAGUACCUACUAUGCGUCAGGCACUGGGCUCUGGAGAUACCAUGGUAAACCAGGGGGACAACUUCUUUGCUUUUGUGGUGCUUAUCUUCUCAUUGGAAAGACAGAAAAUAAAUGAGUAACAGAAUGUUGGGUAGUGAUGAGUGCUGCAAAAGGAAAAGCCCAGCUAGGGGGCUGGGGCAUGUGUGUGUAGUGUGUGUGCAUGUGUGUGCAUGCAUAUGUGCAUUAAGAAAAUGAGAGACAGGGGAAAGCAGGUAUACUUGACCCAGUCUCCAAGUCUCAGAUUGGAUCAAGACAUAGCCUGGGCUGCAAGGAAGGUGUGUGCACUAAAGAAACAUGAGUAAAGGCCGGGCGCGGUGGCUCACGCCUGUAAUCCCAGCACUUUGGGAGGCCGAGAUGGGCGGAUAAUGAGGUCAGGAGAUCGAGACCAUCCUGGCUAACACAGUGAAACACCGUCUCUACUAAAAAUACAAAAAAUUAGCCGGGCGUGUUGGCGGGCGCCUGUAGUCCCAGCUACUAAGGAGGCUGAAGGAGGAGAAUGGUGUGAACCCGGGAGGCAGAGCUUGCAGUGAGCCGAGAUCGUGCCACUGCACUCCAGCCUGGGCGACAGAGCGAGACUCUGUCUCAAAAAAAAAAAAAAAAAAAGAAAAGAAAUAUGAGUAAAGGCUGGGCACCCAUGUGGCAGCGAUGGGGCCAGUGGUAGGGAUCUAAGAGCAACUCACUCUAGGACAGUGGUUAAGAAACAGGCCGGGUGCAGUGGCUCAUGCCUGGAAUCCCAGCACUUUAGGAGGCCAAGAUGGAUGGAUUGCCUGAGCUCAGGAGUUCGAGACCACCCUGGGCAACAUGUCAAAACCCUGUCUCUAAUAAGAUACAACAACAAAAAAAAUUUAGCUGGACCUGGUGGUGCACACCUGUAGUCCCAGCUACUGGGGAGGCUGAGGCAGGAGAAUCGCUUAAACCUGGGAGGCAGAGGUUGCAGCGAGCCAAGAUCACACCACUGCACUCCAGCCUGGGUGACAGAGUGAGAUUCCAUCUCAAAAGAAAGAAAGAGAAAGAAAGAAGAGAGAGAGAGAGAGAGGGAGAGAGAGAGGGGAGGGAGAGAGAGAGAGAGAGAGAGAGAGAAAGAAAGAAAGAAAAAGAAAGAAAGGGAAAGAAAGAAAGAAAAGAAAGAGAAACAGCCAGGGGCCUUGAGAAUAAAAUGCACUCUCCAUAAUUGGCCUCCCUGGCCCUGCAACAUCCGGCCCUGCCCACCUUGGCCACCUGGCACAGGCCCUAUUUGUCACAUGUCAUGCUUUAGCUUUGUUAACCUGUUUUCAGGUCUUCUUGAAAUACAACAUGCUGGUUCCUUGUAUAUGGACCCUUUCUGCUUGGAACUGUCCCCCCACCCUGUUCCCAGGCUUCCUCUUCUCCAUCCCUGAGGGAUGCGCUACCUCCCAGGAGCUUUUCUGAAUGGCCUGGGCUGGCGUAGGUCCUCUUCCUGACACUCCCCUGGAACAGAGAUUGUCACCAAGUGGAUGCCCGACAAAUAUUUGUUGAAUGAAUAAAUGGGUAGAUGAAUGAAGCCCAGACUCUGCCAAACCACCCUUCGUUACUUGUUCUUCCCCAGGCCCACUGAGAUGUUCCUCUGUCUGCCAUGCCUCAGGGCCUGACUGACCGUACCAGUGAACCCAGCGUACCCCUGGCCCUGGCAGCCGGACGGCUGAUGCAUGCAAAGCGGGCAUCUCCUUGCCCAGCCGCCUGACCGCCCUGGCGCGGCCGAAUCUGAAAGCUAAUGACAUUAUUGUGCAGAGACACAAUGUCUGUGGGCAUUUGCUGACCCGAGCUUUGGUGAGAGCUUAAUCCAGCAUUCUCACCCUGCUUUUCGCAGGAGCACAGCGGUCACUCAUCUUGGCACCGGCACUUCUGGGGAAGGUAUAAAUGCCACCUCCCGCUGGCCGAGCUUCACGGCACUCGCAGGGGCUGGUGUCACUGGUCAUUCCUGCAUAGGACAGUCCACCAUGGCCUCAGACCACCAGACCCAGGCGGGCAAGCCACAGUCCCUCAACCCCAAGAUCAUCAUCUUUGAGCAGGAAAACUUUCAAGGCCACUCGCAUGAGCUCAAUGGGCCCUGCCCCAACCUGAAGGAAACUGGCGUGGAGAAGGCAGGCUCUGUCCUAGUGCAGGCUGGACCCUGGGUGGGCUAUGAACAGGCCAACUGCAAGGGCGAGCAGUUUGUGUUUGAGAAGGGUGAGUACCCCCGCUGGGACUCAUGGACCAGCAGCCGAAGGACGGACUCCCUCAGCUCCCUGAGGCCCAUCAAAGUGGACAGCCAAGAGCACAAGAUCAUCCUCUAUGAAAACCCCAACUUCACCGGGAAGAAGAUGGAAAUCAUAGAUGACGAUGUACCCAGCUUCCACGCCCAUGGCUACCAGGAGAAGGUGUCAUCUGUGCGGGUGCAGAGUGGCACGUGGGUUGGCUACCAGUACCCCGGCUACCGUGGGCUGCAGUACCUGCUGGAGAAGGGAGACUACAAGGACAGCAGCGACUUUGGGGCCCCUCACCCCCAGGUGCAGUCCGUGCGCCGUAUCCGCGACAUGCAGUGGCACCAACGUGGUGCCUUCCACCCCUCAAACUAGUGCCCUCCCCACCAUGCCUCCUUCCCAGGACCCAGGUCUGCUGCCCAGGAACCCUCCAGACCUCCCAGAGAGUGAAUAAAGUGUGACUUGCAA